UCUGAGAGAGCAUUCAGAGGAUGUCUUUCUCUGCUCCUCCGCCGGAGUGGACACGCAGCGCGGCGGAAGGAGGGAGGGGUCUGAGCCGCUCCGGGAAACUAGAGGCUCGAUGCAGCCUCCGCCGAAUGAAGUCAGGCUGUUUCCAGACCGCAAUGGCUAUGGGGCUAACGUCGAAAAAAUCCUCUUCUAGAAACAGCGGCGUGGAACGCAAGAAUCUCAUCACCGUCUGCAGGUUCUCUGUGAAGACGUUGUUGGAAAAGUACACUGCAGAGCCUAUUGAUGACUCAUCGGAGGAGUUCAUCAACUUUGCAGCAAUUUUGGAGCACAUCCUCAGUCAUCGUUUCAAAGGUCCAGGUGGUUGGUUCGGUUCAGAUGGCCAAAGGAGUUUCUGGGACUAUAUCCGUCUGGCCUGCAGUAAAGUCCACAACAACUGCAUCAGUAGCAUUGAGAGCAUUGAGAACAUUAGCACGUCACGAGCAAAGGGACGAGCCUGGAUUCGUGUAGCUUUGAUGGAGAAGCGUUUGUCUGAAUAUGUAGCCACUGCGUUAAGAGACACUCGGACAACCAGGAGAUUUUAUGAUGAUGGUGCCAUAAUGCUAAGGGAGGAGGCUACUGUUCUGACGGGGAUGCUAAUUGGACUCAGUGCUAUUGACUUCAGUUUCUGUCUAAAAGGAGAAGUUUUGGAUGGAAAGACACCUGCAGUGAUCGACUACACACCUUACCUGAAGUUCACCCAGAGCUAUGACUACCUGAGUGAUGAAGAAGACCGCCGCAGUGUGGACAGCAGUGCCAGUGAUGAGAGUGUAGCUGAGCAUCCUUACAUUCCUUUGGUCACAGACGAAGAGACCUGGAGCAACAAAUGCCGAAAGAUGGAGCAAAGAUUCAAGAUCGUCUAUGCCCAAAAGGGUUAUUUAGAGGAAUUGGUCCGCUUGAGGGAAUCUCAGCUGAAAAAUGUAGAAACGGAGAACAAGCGGCUUGAUGCUAAACUAGAGGAACUACAGGUCCAGAGUCAACAGGAGAAGAAAGAACUGGAGGCCAUUAUACUGGAGCUACAAGCACAACUCACUGGCAUCAUUCCUUGUGAGUCCUCUCAUUUGGUAAAAGGACUGUCUAUUCCACUCAUUAACCAAUGGACAACUGCACAAGCUGCCAACAACCAAGGAAAUGUAAAGCUGUUCCGUCGGAGAAGUUUUCACAGUUUGGACCUCUCCGUUGAUAUGAGUUUGAACUCUGACUCUCAGAAGGAAGACGGCAAUCAGAAUGGAGACACAGCCUGGUCAGCAGCUAAAGACAACACUCCCUCUAUGCUCGGUCUAUGUGGUUCUUUGGCUUCUCUACCCAGCUGUAAGUCACUGGCCAGUCUCAAGUCCAGUGAGUAUUUGGUCAACAUCAGCACAGAGCCAAGUCCUGCCCUGUCUCCCAGCUAGGGGGCGCCAAAUUCCGACCAACUAGACACUGUCGGUCUCAGCUGUACUUUCCUCCAAGAAACAUCACAACUGUCCUACAACAUCCUUCAAAGAUCCCAAUGAGCUGAAACAAUGUAUUAAAUACACAAGGUGUUUUAUCUGAAUUUGGUUUUUGUGAAGAGAUCUUAAAAAUCCAUGAAUGACAAACCCUCCAGCACACUCUUAUUUUCCUAUCUUUACUUGCCAAUUUGUUAUUCACUCUUGUCUUCCACUCUUCAUUACAGUCUUCAUCAGCAUGUUUGAGUGUCAUUCCCUGAGCCUGAUAUUAGAGCCCAAAGGCACAGCAGCUUAUCUCUGUUAGCUCUGAACCCGUUAGUCCUUGAAUUCCCAGCACCAAAGGCACAAGUAGAUCAAAGUGAUACACAAAACUCACGACUUGGCAGUUACAUUAUACAUUAUUCAUCUAAAAUGAGCAUGAACAUACAGAGCGGCACAUCUGGUCAUGUUACCCACAGCCAAAUCUCUGAUUUAGAUGUAUUACCUUAUUCAUAUGCUUAUUAGCAAAAUAUACAAGGGAAUGAAAGUGAGAGACAAGGGAAGGAAGUGGACGAAAGCUGUUGCCUGUAUCUGCAUGUGAAAUGCGCUUUAUUCAGGCUGUAAUUGCCUCCGCUGACUUGAUGUACUUGCUCCUUUGACAGUUAUAUGAUGUGACUGGAAGUAACUGCAAGUGUUGUCAGCUAAAUUCAAACCUUUUGUCAUGUUUCUCUUAUUGGUGUUGCUUCAUUUCUUGUGUUUCUUCAGUUACAUAAUUGUAUAUUUUGUUAUGCGGUGGCAUUGCUCUGCAGUUUUGAAUUGUAAUAAA